GCCAGCUGGUCUGUCUCUUCUUCGAAGUAUGGCUUUGGCGUGGAAUGCCUGUACGAUGACGAUCCUUCCACGUUCUGGCAGAGCGACGGGCCUCAACCUCAUUUCAUCACUUUGUACUUUCCAAGACAAGUGAAAGUGCAAAAAAUCUCCCUUCAUCUGGAUGCAUUGCAAGACGAGUCGUACACACCAAACAAGCUCUGCGUGCGCGCAGGUACGACCGUGCAUGAUCUACAAGACGUGCGCAUGGUCAGCUUCGAGAAACCAACGGGCUGGGUGACAUUUGAUGUUCUGAUGGAAGCAGAGCAACCGGACGUUGCACAUGUGCUGGACUUGCACGUCCUUCAAAUUGUCAUUGUGGGCAAUCACCUGAGUGGUAAGGACACACAUGUGCGGGGUAUGCUUGUGCUGGGUCCGCGAGCAGCCAAAGAGGAGGAAGAACACUUGUUCCCUUUCACUUCAGCGGCGUUUAGGAUGCACCAGACAAUCCGAUAG